UAUGAUUUUCAGGUAAGGGAUUUUAAUAUAGCGAAAACAGAAGCUGAUAUUAGUACUUAUGCUGGUUAUGUGGGUUCUGUAUUCAUGCUUGGCAGAUGUUUGACAUCUUUUCUGUGGGGAAUCAUAGCAGAUCGCUUUGGUCGAAAACCUGCUAUACUUAUAGGGGUUACUUCAGUUGUCGUUUUCAACACACUAUUUGGCCUUAGCACAAGUUUUUGGAUGGCUAUUAUCACGAGAUUUCUUCUGGGAAGUUUCAAUGGUUAUCUAGGACCAGUGAGGGCAUAUGCCGCUGAACUUUUUAGAGAAGAACAUCAAGCUCUAGGAUUGUCAACAGUAAGCUCAGCUUGGGGCAUAGGUUUAAUAAUUGGUCCAUCACUGGGAGGCUAUUUGGCUCAGCCAGUAGAGAAGUACCCAAAUAUUUUUCCAAAGGAUUCCUUUUGGGAUAAGUUUCCAUACUUCUUGCCCAGCCUCAUAACAUCAGCAUUUGCAUUUGUAGUAGCAAUCGGAUGCAUCUGGAUUCCAGUAUGUAUCUUACUCUGACAAAUCUGUUCAUUGAAUG